AACCCUUGGAAGAAAAAUUGCUGCUCUGUACAACAGCUUUACUAGUAAAUCAUUAAAAGAACACAUUUUCCCUCCUCUGAUGGACAUGCUAAUUUAUGUUAACUUUUUCAAAGCCCCAUUUCUUGUGGAUUUAAAGAAACCAGAGUCAAAGAUUCCUCACACGGUGAAUUUCUACAUUAGAGCUGAACCUGGGGUGAUCCUGGGAGUCUGGCACACAGUCCCCAGCUGCCGGGGGGAAGAGGCCAAGGGGAAGGACCGAUGCUGGUAUGAAGCAGCCCUUCAUGACGGGAACCCAAUUAUUGUUUAUCUUCAUGGCAGUGCAGAACACAGGGUUUGGGGACUCUACAGGGUUGCAACAAAUGCGGCAAAAGUAUUAGAAGAGAAAGGAUGUCCAGUUGACGCUAUUGUCUUGGAAGCUCCGUUUACCAACAUGUGGGUUGCAAGUAUCAAUUAUCCCUUGUUAAAGAUUUACCGGAAACUUCCAGGAUUUUUACGCACGCUUAUGGAUGCCCUGAGAAAAGACAAAAUAGUCUUCCCUAAUGAUGAAAAUGUGAAAUUCCUGUCUUCUCCCCUUCUCAUCAUACAUGGAGAGGAUGACAGGACAGUGCCUUUGGAGUACGGAAAAAAGCUCUAUGAAAUUGCACACAAUGCAUACAGGAACAAAGAGAGGGUCAAGAUGGUUAUCUUUCCUCCUGGCUUCCAACACAACUUCCUUUGUAAAAGCCCCAAACUGUUAAUAACCGUGAGAGAUUUCCUGAGCAAGCAGUGGGCAUAAGGUCUGAGAGAAGCGGAAAUCUUCAGUGAAGUCUUGGCCCAAACACCAACUGCAAUGUGUGUUUUUUUAUGUAAAAUUGUACCCGGCUGCUUGGAUGAGCUGAAGCUAUUGGCAUUUCUGCAAGUCACUUGCUAAUUUAAUAAAGAAAGCAUGGAUGCAGGGCAGUAUGGAAUGUUCUCAUUUAGCUUAUUAUAGUCUACUUUGUGAAACUUACUGAAACCUCACUGUGUGGAGAAUCAGAAUUUGGUAAAAUUUGGAUCCCAGCUAAAAAUGUGUAGUUAUAAAACAUCUAGGGGAUAUUUGGGAAUAAGGUGGUUGCUACAGUCUGAAUGUUUGUAUCCGCUCCCAAAAUCCAUGUUGGAGACCUAAUCACCAAUAUGAUGGUGAUAGUAUUAGGAGAUGGGGUCUUUUGGGAAGUGAUUAGAUCAUGAGGGCUGAGCUCUCAUGAAUGGAAUUAGUACCCUUAUAAGAAAUGCCCAAAGGAGCCCUUUACCCCUUCCACCAUGUGAGGACACAAUGAGAAGGUGCCAUCAAUGAACCAGAAAGUGACCCUCACUAGACACCAAGUCUGCCAGCAUCUUGAUCUUGGACUUCUCAGCUUCCAAAACUGUGAGAAAUAAAUUUCUGUUGUUUAGAAGUUAUCCAGUUUAAGACAUUUUGUUAUAGCAACCCAAAUGGACUAAGACAGUGGUCUGUGCUUUGGACUUAGACAGCAGUGUAAGAAUGUUGCUCCAAUGUAGAUUAAUAAUUUGUAUUUUAAUUUAGUUCGAUUAAAUGGAAUAAAAAACUUCCAAGCAA